UGCCUACCCGGUAAACUGCCCAGCUGUCAGUUCCCCUCUACACGGUUUUCAAUCGGCGCAUUCCGAUUUGGCAGGUGAAGUCCCCAUAAAAAAGUUUCCAAUGCGACGCGCGACCUAAGAAUUUUUAGAAUUUUUAGUCAUGUCUUUUAGCUUCUGAAGAAUCCGCCGGCCGAAAAUGACCUCAACACCAGUUUUGUAACUCAAUUCUUCCUGGUAGUACGAAUCUCCGAGAUUGCAUCAACGCAUUGGGUUUCUAUAAACAUGGUGGAUGCUAAGGACCAGCCGGAAUCCGCAUGUCCGGUCGACCAUAAGAGCCGGGAGGCGUGGAUGUCACAAGCAGGAGCAGCUAGUCCGGAGGGGUCGCAAUCACUGCCCCCAUCACAUCCAACGAUCCCGAACACGAUAUCGAAAGCGGACGCCGAAACCUGUCCCGUCGACCACAAAGCGCGCGAAGUCUGGACGCAACAAGCCCGCACAGCAGCUCUCCCAGCGCCCGCGCAAAAUCCACCCCAUCCCGCGCCGACCCCGUCCUCCUCAUCAUGGACCUCCUACCUCCCCCACAUCCCCUUCUGGUCCUCCAGCACACCCAACCAGCAGCACGCCAAACCCCCCUCCUCCCCCCUCGCCAAUGACCGCGUAAUCUCCACGAUCCCACGCUCCUCGAAACCCGGCGAGCCAACCGACCGUCCCGCGAACACAGAGCAAGAAACGGGCGCGGAUGAAAUCUCGGGGAAUUGGAUAUACCCGUCGGAGCGGAUGUUCUUCGAGGCGAUGAAGCGCAAGGGCCACGAUCCGCGCGCCGCGGAUAUGCGCACCGUUGUGCCGAUCCAUAAUGCGGUGAAUGAACGCGCUUGGGCGGAGAUCAAGGAGUGGGAGGAGCCUUGGCUUCGGGGCUCUGAUUGCGGCGGCCCGCGCUUACAUUCCUUCUCGGGCUUGAGCACGAAUAUGUCGCCGAAGGCCCGGAUUAAUACGCUCUUGGGGUACCAGGCCCCGUUUGAUAGACAUGAUUGGGUUGUGGAUAGGUGCGGGAAGGAGAUUGAGUAUAUUAUCGACUUCUAUGCCGGGCGUAAUGGUGGUGGGGGCGCUGGGAAGCUGUCGUUUUACCUCGAUGUUCGACCGAAGCUGAAUACUUGGGAAGGGGUUAAAAUGCGGGCUAUGCGUGCUGCUGGUCUGGUAUAGAAGGAUUUGGUUGGGAGUAAGGUGAGGGUGUUUAUGAUAGAGGUUUAUGUAUAUUACGAGCAUACGUGGUUCGAGAUUCGUUAUAGCAAGGCGUACCGGUAUAGGUAUAGAUAGGUAGGUAUAGAGGCAUCGCCAUUCAUAUACUACAUUUUAA